GCGGUGUUGCUUCAGUGAAAACAUCGGAACGAGUCAGCAGUGUUUGGGUGACUCGCCGCCGCGAUGGAAGAACUGAGACAGCACUUCAGCAGGAUCCGCGUGCCCCAAGGCGGGGACAAAGUGUACAAGGAUGAGUGCAUGUUCUCCUUCGACACACCGGAAAGUGAGACUGGGUUGUAUGUCUGUCUGAAGACCUUCCUGGGUUGGGGCAAAGAAUAUGUCUCACAAUACUCUCAACGUACAGGAAACUGUGUCUUUCUGCAUCUCAGGCGCAUCAAGAAGGAACUACCCCCAGAGAAGGAGAUGGAGCCUGAGAAGAAGAUAGCACGCCUUGCUAUAGGUGUGGAAGGCGGCUUCAACCCUGAUGCUAACAAGAAGAGGUAUGAGUAUGAAGAACACAACUCAGUUGUCAUCCUGCCAGCCUUUACCACAAUACCACUACCUAAUCCAGAGCUUCCAGAGAUUGUGCAACAGAGUGUGGCUGGUGUGCUAAAGGCAGAGUCUGCCUUGCAUUUAGCUGAGAUUGAGGCAGCUGCUGGGGCGUGGGAUGGUGAGGUGCGGCAAGUUUCCAAACAUUCGGCAAACCUUGUGCAGCUGGACAAUGGAGUCAAGGUUCCUCCCCGUGGAUGGAAGUGUGAGCAGUGUGACAAGACAGACAAUCUGUGGCUUAAUUUAACUGAUGGGAAGAUUCUUUGUGGUCGAAGACAGCUGGAUGGUUCAGGAGGAAAUAAUCAUGCUGUUGAAUACUAUGAGAAGACAAAGUACCCACUUGCAGUGAAGCUUGGCACCAUCACACAGGAUGGGAAUGCUGAUGUUUACAGCUAUGAUGAGGAUGAUAUGGUGCUUGAUCCCAAUCUAGUGAAGCACUUGGCACACUUUGGUAUCAAUGUUAAAGUUAUGGAGAAAACUGAGAAGACAAUGCUGGAGCUGGAGAUUGAUUACAAUCAACGGGCAUGGGAGUGGUCACGCCUUACAGAAUCCGGUACAAAAUUGGUACCCAAGUUUGGGCCAGGAUUCACAGGGAUGAGGAACCUUGGUAAUUCAUGUUACAUAAAUUCUGUGAUGCAAGUGCUCUUCACCAUCCCAAGCUUUGUUGAAAGAUUCUACAAUAUAAGGCAGACCACCCUGGAGAACUACCAAGGCUCUAAUCCUUCAGAGGACUUCAGUGUUCAGAUGUGUAAACUUGCUGCUGGUUUGCUGUCAGGAAGGUACUCAGAGCCUCCCAACACUUUAGACAAGAGCAAAGAUGUUGAUGACCUUCAACCAGGCAUUUCCCCUCUUAUGUUUCGGACAUUGGUUGGGAAAGGCCACCUAGAGUUUUCCACCAAGAAGCAGCAGGAUGCCAUGGAAUUUCUGGAGCAUGUGCUGAAAAUGACAGCCUGCAACUCUGUUGGUACAACUGAUCCUGGCAACUGCUUUAAGUUUGAGGUCGAAGAUAAAUUUGUGUGCAGUGCCAGUGGGAAAGUGCGUUUUGUCACUCGACCAGAUCAGUACCUGCCUUUCCCAGUCCCCAUGGAGGAGGCCAUCAACAAAGAAGAGGUGGCAGCAUACCAAGCCAGGAAAGCAGAGGCACAGGCUGCGCAGAAGGCAUUACCUGAAGAACAAGUCAGAGCUAAAAUUCCCUUUGAUGUGUGUUUAUCAAAGUUAGCAUCACCUGAAGAAGUAAUGACACAGAGCUCUGCAGCUGGAAAGGAAGUGCCAAUGCAUAAGAUCACUCGUCUCCGCACCUUCCCUGAUUACUUGAUCAUCCAGUUGGUGAAGUUUGGGAUUGGUCAGGACUGGGUGCCCAUGAAGUAUGACAUUUCAAUUGACAUGCCAGAGAUCCUUGACCUUUCUGUGCUUAAAGGCUUUGGACUACAACCUGGGGAAGAGCUACUACCAGAAACUGCAGAACCACCAAAAGAGCCACAGAUCAACAUUGAAAUAGUGCAGCAACUGGCUGAAAUGGGGUUCCCAUGGGAGGCCUGUCGGAAAGCUGUCCACUACACUGGCAAUACUGGCUCUGAGUCAGCCAUGAACUGGGUAAUGGAGCAUAUGGGUGAUGCUGACUUUGCUGACCCUCUUGUCUUGGAGGAUAAGAAAUCCAGUGGUAAUGACAACUUCACCCCUAAUGAGGAAGGGCUAGGCAUGCUUAUGUCCAUGGGUUUCACCAGGGAUCAGGCAACACUUGCCCUCAAGGAAACCAGUAAUAAUCUGGAGCGUGCAGCUGACUGGAUAUUCUCCCACCAGCAUGAACUGGAUUCACUAUUAGCAGCACAGAGUGGAGCAGCUGCUGUUCCUCCACAAAAACCAACUUACACAGAUGGCCCACCAAAGUAUGAACUAAGUGCUUUCAUCAGCCACAUGGGAACCUCAAUAUUUGUUGGACAUUAUGUAUGCCAUAUAAAGAAAGAUGGCGAGUGGAUCAUAUACAACGACAACAAAGUGUCCAAAUCAGUAGACCCACCUCUGGAUCUUGGUUAUAUUUAUCUUUAUAAGAGAAUUACGAACUAGCAGUAUCAAGGAACACAUCUUUAAAGAGACUGGUAACUAUGAAUAUCUUUAUACUGUUUCAUUCUUCAUUUAAAGUGUAUAAAUGCCUUGUGAUUAUAAAUUAAACCUAUACAUAUAUAUAUAUAAUGACAUACUUUAACUAAAAAGCAAAGGUAUUCGGUUAUGACGUUGAAGACAAUAUUUGUUACAAAAGUAGUGAAAAUUCUCAUUUAACCUGUGAUCACAUAGGGACAGUAUAGGGAGACUUCACAAAUAAUAAGUAGUCUAGUAGUACCAACAUCAGCAAUUAUUCUUUUCAUUCUGUUUUCUUAUCAUAAAGUCUGAACAAACUGAAGAUUAUUUAUUUUAGGUUUGCUAACUUAUAAACAUUGAUAUUUCAUGUUGUAUUUGAAAUAGUCUCCAAAAACCAUUUGAUUAUCAUUGGAUAUUUCCUAGGUCCAUAGUAUAUGACUGAACUUGAAGGGACUCAUGGCUCUGUCAUGCUUUUAGAAAGGUUUUGUUUUGUUUUGUUAUGUAAGCCCAUGUUCUGAGUAUUUGACAUCUGACUCAGUCACAGUUGCUUGUUCCAUGAUGCUAUUAUGUGCAUCAUUUUACACCACUUUGUACUGUAUGUGUAACACAUUUGGGUAUCAGCAGCAUAAGUAAACUAUUUGACAAUUUGGCCUUUGAAUUAGAGAAUACGUAUUGUGACAAUUACCACACAUAUGGCUUGAAGUUUUUAAGAACUCUAGAGUAAUAUUGUCCACACAUCAUAGUAUAUUUAUUGUUCUCUUUUGUUUACAGUGUUAGGUCACAAACAGACCUCAUUUUGCAUGAUUUUAUACUUAAUUUAUAUUUCUUUUGCUGAUCAUGAGCUUUAUUUGUUGGCAUACAGUUUACAGUUACUUAUUUAUUUAUUUCAGUUAAUUAUAUUUUUAUGCCUUUACACAAAUUAAGAAGUUACAUAGGACACUGUUGGUGAGCUUCACCAUAUGUAUGCUACCACACUUGCCUAUACUUAUAAAUGUAUCCUCUCAUGCUCUACUUAUCUGAAGUAAAGCACCAAGCUACUUUAAACAUUUUAUCCAUGAUUAUUAUGAUUGGAAUAUAUGUAUAGCUUCCAUGAAUAUGGUGAAUACAUUUAUGAAGGGAUGGAAGGCUUUACCAUUGCAUAAUGCUUACCUACUUGCUAUAUAGCUUUUGAUUCACAGUGUUUGUAAGAUGGCCUCCAGACAAUCAGAAACAGAGGACAAGAGGGUUAGCUCUAUAUGGAAAAGCAAUAGUACAAUGCAUGUUUGUGGACCUCAGAGUUUGGAAUUCUGUCCUUAACAAAUGGUAUUUUUAAAUAUAUUUUCUGUAUUUUUUGUUUUUAUGAGUAGAUAUCAGGGAAGUGGAGAGUGUAGAUCCUAUGCUGUGAGUAUAACUGCAUGUAGCUGUUCUUGCAGCUUUUAGGCAGUUAUAAAACACACACACACACACACACACACACACACACACACACACACACACACACACACACACAAGUUGUGUUCUUCAAACUUUUUUCAUUGCAUCCCAGUUUGAUUGUGCAUUCAUCUCACAACCAUGUGACAGUGAGACUAAAGGGAAUCCUGUUAUCCAGUUCAUCUUGUAAAAUAUUGUCACUGGCUGUGAAGUCUGAGCAUGAUUACAUGAUGUUAUCUUUUUUGUUCAGUACUUUUAGUAGAUAUGGAAAAUCAAAUUAAAGACAGGUACUAUAAAGAUCUGUUUUAAAUCAGUGAGUCUUUAUCCAUGACAGCAUGUAAAGGAAAACAUUCUGGCAGAGCACAUAUUGAACUGAAUCCUGCAAUUCAUAGGUCUAAGUAUUCACAGAAUGAUAAGUAGUAUACUGCAGUUACCCAAGUUGUGUGAAUUUUCAUUAUUAGUAAGAGUGAAAGAAAGUAGAGAUAUAGAAUGAAUGACACCUAGAUCACACUUUCAUGUAGGUGACUCAAGACAGAUGUUAGCAGUGCAAGAUGCUAAUCUAUCUAUGAGUGUCAAGUAAUGAUCAAAAGCAACAGUAUAGAUGAAAUAGAUGAGUAUAUGUUCUGUACUCAAUCAGUCUCGAUUUGGUAAUAGCCUAGGAGUGAACCACUCAAGAAUGUGGGCUGAUAAACACAGCAUUUAUAGUGCAGUAUCAUAAUUUAGUAAAUGCCGUUUUUUAUUUAAUUUUUGUUUUACUUAUUUUUAUUUAUUUUUUUAUUCAUUUAUUUUAAUUUUGUUUAUUUUUUUAUUUAAUUUAUUUUUUUAUUUAUUUAUUUUUUUUUAUUUAUUUAAUUUUUUUUUUUUUUUUUUUUUCAUGAUAAGCUUCAGCAAUACGGCCAAGUAAGUCAGUCAUUUUUAUUUUGGGAUAUUUAGUUGGCUUGACAUGCCUAAAAGUAUCUUAGCUUGCAAAAAAAGCCGUAGUACUCACUGUUUCACAUUGUUUGACUGAUCCACAGGUUAUAUGCAAGAUAGGCUUCCCUGUGUUAGUACUACCUACAUACUACAGUAAUGGCAGUAAAUGCUUAACUUAUUUUUUUAUUUACAUUAUUGCUGUUUGAAUUUUUUAUUCCAUUACAACUAGUCACUUCAGGACUAGCAGUGUGAACUCGUUUUAUAAUAAAAAUACCAAAUGCCAA